AUGUCUACAGACAAGGCGGAGGCAUCUGCUGCUGAAGAUCGCUCACAGAAUAGCGGCACCGCUAAACAUGAGGAAGAAGCUCCUGGACCACUGAAGCUGGACCCUCGCGGUAUUCCUUUGUCGCCACAGCCCACAGACGACCCGAAAGACCCGCUCAAUUGGAAUCGUUGGUUGAAGCUGAUGGUUCUCACCGAGGUCUCCAUUUUUUCGUUUCUUGCUUUGUUCAGUGCCUCUUUAAUUACGCCAGCUUUUGUUCCUCUAUCAUUGUUUCUCCACCGCGACUUAGUUACAACUGCCUAUGUGACAAGCACAUUUAUCUUGCUGGGUGGUAUCUCCGCCAUUUUUUGGAAUCCAAUCGCGAAUGUUUAUGGGCGCCGGCCAGUAUACAUCGGCACUGUCGCCGUCGCUGCGGCCAUGUGCGGUGCCUCCGGAGCGGCUAAAAACUACGGGACUCUCAUAGCUCUCCGAUGCCUCAACGGUUUCUUUGGUGGUGUGCCGCUAGGUUUGGGAAGUGCCACUGUUUGUGACAUGUAUUUCGCCCACGAAAGAGGCGUCUAUAUGGGUAUCUAUACUAUUAGUUUCCUGACAGGUGGUCACAUCGCGCCCCUCAUUGGAGGUUAUAUCGAGAAGAACUUGAGUUGGCACUGGUGCUUCUACGUCCCAGCCAUCAUCACGGGAGGCAUUCUCAUCAUCUUCGUCUUUACCGUUCCCGAAACACUGUACUCUCGUACUCCUGCGGCUCUUGCACGUCCGUCGCAAUCAUGGAUGUCGAAUAUGCUCAUGAAGAGACGGGCACAUCCCACGCGGCAGCUGCGCAUUGUGGACUUUUUUCGGCCAUUCCAGAUGAUGAUUUAUCCAAGUGUUGUGAUACCGACUUGGUGUUAUUCACUGUGCUUCGCCUACGGCAGCAUUUUGUUCAUUAUCACUAGCGCAAAUCUCUUUGGCAAAAUAUAUCACUUUCAACCUCAACAAACUGGUCUCUUACUGGGUAUUCCGAUUACGGUUGGCAGUCUUGUUGGAGAGCUGUUCGCUGGAGGCAUAUCAGACUGGAUCAGUGAAAAGCGGGCACUGAAUCGUGGAGGCGAGCGUAGCCCUGAAGAUCGACUCUUGGGAAUCAUCCCAUCGGCUCUACUAACACCUCUUGGCAUCAUUAUCGAGGGCGUUUGCCUCCAGAAUAAGACUCACUGGAUUGGAGUCGCCAUGGGAAUUGCCAUUGCAAGUUUUGGGCUGCAGGUUAUGACUACGGGAGUUUAUACAUACACAGCAGAAUGCUAUAAACCACAAUCUCCUGAACUCGGUUCGUUGAUCAAUUUUGGGAGGCAAGUGUACAGUUUCACCAUUGGAUUUUAUGCAAUCCCUUUUGCAAAUAUGAUUGGAAUCCAAGAUGCUUGGAUCACGCUGGCAAUGAUUACCUUUGCUUUCUUCUUGCCCCUCAUCCCGCUGUACUACAAGGGUGCAGAUUGGCGGAAACGCCUCGGCAAGCCAACUUUUCACCAGGAUCUGUAA